AUGCCUCAGCAAGUCCCCAAGGCCUCCCACCUCCAAGACCUCUUCAGCCUAAAGGGCAAGGUCGUCGUUGUCACCGGCGCCUCUGGCCCCCGCGGCAUGGGCAUUGAAGCCGCCCGCGGCUGUGCCGAAAUGGGCGCCAACGUCGCAAUCACCUACUCCUCCCGCCCCGAGGGUGGCGAGAAGAACGCCGAAGAGCUAUCCCGCGACUUCGGCAUCAAGGCCAAGGCCUACAAGCUUGACAUCGGCAACUAUGAAAGCGUGGAGAAGCUAGUGAAGGAUGUGAUCGCAGAAUUCGGACAAAUCGACGCUUUCAUCGCGAAUGCCGGACGUACCGCGAACUCGGGUAUCCUGGACGGCUCAGUCAAGGACUGGGAGGAGGUGGUGCAGACGGAUUUGACGGGGACGUUCCACUGCGCCAAGGCUGUGGGGCCACACUUUAAGCAGCGCGGUUCGGGCAGUCUCGUUAUCACCGCCAGUAUGAGUGGGCACAUUGCCAACUUCCCGCAGGAGCAGACGAGUUAUAACGUUGCCAAGGCUGGAUGUAUUCACAUGGCCCGGUCGUUGGCGAAUGAGUGGAGGGACUUUGCCCGCGUCAACUCCAUCUCGCCUGGUUACAUUGAUACCGGGUUGAGUGACUUUGUGGAUAAGAAGGUUCAGGACCUCUGGCUUAGCAUGAUCCCUAUGGGCCGAAACGGUGAUGCGAAGGAGUUGAAGGGUGCCUAUGUCUACUUGGUCAGUGAUGCCAGUACUUACACAACUGGUGCGGACCUUGUCAUUGACGGUGGAUACACUGUGCGGUAA